UUCUCGGGCAAGCCGCUCCAGGACGGCCGCAAGCUGUCGGACUACGACGUCCAGGAGGCGUCGACGCUGUACAGCAUGCUCUCCCUGUGCGGUGGCUCAGAGGACAAGCUCGUCUCCGUCUUCUCCGUCGACGUCAGGACCCUCACGGGCAAGUUGAUCACGCUCGAGGUCGAGCCCUGGGACACGAUCGCGAGCGUGAAGCGGAAGAUCCAGGACAAGACGGGCACCCCGCCGGACCAGCAGCGCCUUAGCUUCUCGGGCAAGUGGCUCCAGGACGGCCGCAAGCUGUCGGACUACAACGUCCAGAAUGGGUCGAUGCUCCACAUGGGCCUCCCUCUCCGCGGUGGCAUGCAG